AUGUUGAGCCUUCUAGUUGAAAUUCAGGUAGAUAUAUUUCUCAGGUUACCUGUGAAGUCAAUUCUUAAUUUUAGGUACGUAUGCAAACCAUGGAGUAGUCUACUUUCCAGCUCUAAAUUUGUUGAGUAUCACCUUCAACAUCGUAUCCAGGAAAACAACCCUAUGUUCCUCCUUAAACGUUACGAAAAGCUGGGUUUCAAGGUACCCGUGGUUUAUUCCAUAGACUCUGCUUCAAUAUCGAGAUCAUCAACAUCUUGUGAAUCUAUUAAUGAAGCUGUACUGAUGGAAUACCCAUUCCAGGAUAAGUCGCUUCGUUUUGAAAAUUUGGGUUCUUGUAAUGGCUUGAUAUGCUUUGGCAUUAUUAGUGGUAGAAGUACUAUUAUUAGUCAAGAUUGUAGCGUUUGUCUUUGGAACCCAUCAACAGGUGAGUAUAAUAAUAAUAUACCAAUGGCACCAUUAUUUGAUCACCAUCAUCCCUGCUACAAUGUCAGGUACGGGGUUGGCUAUGACGGCAACACUGACGAUUACAAGAUAGUAAGACUAGCAAAUUAUGGAAAUUCUGGUCGUUUUGGAGAUCAUGUCUAUGCUUUGAGAUCAGAUUCAUGGAAAGCAGUUGAAACCGUUCGAUACUCGUUUCUUCUUGCAAAUAGAUCUCCCGGCUUGCCAUUCUAUGGAACACUUCACUGGCUGGUAACUACUGCCACCAACUCUGAAGUGAUGCUGUGUUUCGAUAUAAGAAAUGAGAGAAUUUUGAAUAUGUCGUUCCCCUGA